AUUUAAGGAUGCGUUGGCCUCUCACUGCGUCUGCUCAAACAACUGAGGAGGAAAACUCUACUGCAAAGGCUAUCUUACGGUUUUCUUUAUGUAUCCAGAACAAAACUAACGCUCACAUAAGACGAAGGGUUCAUCAUUCCAUAUUGUAAUCUCUUGGCAGACUGUAUGGAAGAGACUGCCGUACUGUGUAUCGGACAUGUGAAAGAAUCAAGCUGCAUUCAUGGCCUCGGUGGCCUCCUGCUGUAUGACCUUCUGCCAGCAUCUCUGGUCACUUGGUGUUUACACUUUACAAAACGCAGAGGAUUGCUAUUAGACAAGACUGAAUGAAAUGUAUCGAUAUUAGAAGGGACUAUGGAGGGAUUAAUCUGUAGUUACUACAGAAUAGCAUACAUAGAAAAAAAAACUGCUUGAGGAAAGAGAGAGAGAUCACUUGUGACAAAUUUUCAUCGACAGCAUCUCUCAAAAGUGUCUGCGGUUGUUGCUAUGAUAUGUUCCGUCCAAUCACUGCCGCAGCUCUCGUUCCACUCCCCGUUUGGGGGCUGGGGUUAUAUGACAUCAUUAAUGUUAGCCCCGACCCCUCAAAUCAAUUUAGUCACUUUUUUACCAAUAUUAAAGAAAUCCCCAGCUCUCUAACAACAAUCCCCAGGAAGGGUGAAUUGGAACGUGUCCUCCUCUCAAGAGCACCGGCUGCGCUAUUGAAUUGGCCGCGGUAUCCCCGUUGGCGUGCAAUUCUGGGAGGGGCGUCCUUUCGGCCACCGGGAAUGGCGGUUGCUGAGGCUGUGUGAGUACAGAGAGAAAGAGAUGGGGGUUUAGCGAAUACAUCCCUUUUCUCGAGACGCUGUCCCCUUCUUUCAUAUAUCGGCUCUGUUAACCGGUAUGGAGGAUUCCCGCGAGGACCAUGAACUUCAUUUCUGUCAUUUACUGAAAGUGGAGGAGCCCAUGACCAUCUCCUUGCCGGAGCCAGAUGGGAACACAGCUGAGGUGUCAGUUACUCCUGAAACAAUUCAAAAGGUGGCUGUAUCUGCUGAAAUGGUAACCAGUGCUGAUAUGGGAACCAUGAGCAAGGGUGUGAAAUAUCAAGGUAGCCAGCAUACAAUGGAGAGUGCAAAGUACUGCCAUGGAGUCAACAACAACCCUGGCUAUCUGUGUGAGACGGGCCACUGUUGUGGAGAGACGGGCUGCUGCACCUACUACUAUGAGCUGUGGUGGUUCUGGUUGCUGUGGACAGUCCUGAUCCUGUUCAGCUGCUGUUGUGCCUAUCGGCACCGGCGAGCCAAACUGCGCAUUCAACAGCAACAGAGACAGAGAGAGAUCAACCUCAUCGCCUACCACGGGGCCUGCAACUAUCCUGCCUCCAUGUUGGAUCUCAGCUUCCUGGCAUCCUUCAAACUGCCCUCGUAUGAGGAAGUGGCAGCCCAGCCCAACACCCCCCCUCCCCCCUACAGCUCCGUGUUCGCCCUGCAGGGGGGCUCGCGCUACGCCCACGCCGGCCCCAGCGGCAUGACCUCCUCCCAGAGCUCCCACAGCAACUACACCAGCUGCUCCUGCGAGUCCUGCUCCCUCACCUCCCACAGCAGCACCUCCUUCUCCGUGCAGGUCACCGACGAGACCGACACCAGCAACGCCACCACGCCCAGCGACGCCGGAGGCUCCAGAGUUCCCAGCGCCACCCUGGAACCUGCAACCCUGGGCUCUGAGCACGUCAACCCUCCCACACCGACACCGCCUCCAGCCGGACCGGAGUGCGCAUCACCCCAGCCUCCUGCGCCUCUGGUGCUGUCCGAUCCGUUGGGGGCGAUGUCCCUGCCGGUCGACGAGGACGGCCGCGGGAAGGAUCCAGCCCAGGAGAGCCCGUCCCCUAGGGCCACCCUGUCUCCACCCAAACACGCCCUGUUCUCCUCCAACGUGGACUUCUUCGAGCCGGACAGCCACGUGUCGGCCGCCUCGGACGCGGAGGGAGACGGCGGAGAGGAGGAGGACGACGACCUGGACGACGAGAACCACUUCCGCCACCGCCGUCUGACGGGAGACUCUGGCAUCGAGGUGUGCCGCUGCAAGGUGAAAAAGGAAGAAGCUGGUGAUGUCGAGAAGAGGGAUGCGUCUGAAGGUAGAGAAGGCACCGUGAGCGAACAGGAGGGGCGGGGCGAAGCGGGCCCUGUGCAUGACAGCGUCGACUGCUCCCUCCGUGCCGCCGAGGAGGCCCAAACCCAGCUCCCACCCGAGGACUGCGCCACCCAGUGCAACCCCACCCUCGCCAUUCAGAGGGACAGUGAGGCCAUCAUCACUGUGCAGUCCUCGUGAGAUGGUCAGUGAAGGGUUAAGUAGAACCAUUCAACUUUGUUAAGAUAUUUGAAAAUUCUCAGUCCAUAGCUGUCAGUUCUGAUGGAGAAACGAUGGACUAACAUAACGUUUGAAGGCAUGAGGCUGUAUCACACGAGGGAUCAUGCGUAGAUUGCAUGGGAUGUAGAAGCCCGUCACUGUCUGUCAGACCUCAGACCUGUUGUUUGGUGCUCGGUAAGCUGAAGGUGACCCAAAAGACCAAACAGAAGGGGCUCUGAUGCAAGAUGGAGCUGGACGAGCACAGAGCCCCAGAUGAGGACAUUUUGCCCGAUUCUCUUGUUCAUUUUCAACCCCCAGCCCCCCCCCCCC